AUUGGUCCAGCUCAUCAUUGUUAGAAAAUGUCUUCUGCUGGAAACAUGCUAGCCGGUGUUAUUGUUGGGCUUUUUGCCCUACUUCACCUGAUUCGAGGUGAAAUUAUCCAGGGCUCCGUUUCUCUUAAUUCAGGAGUGUUUGACAAGGUGAUUGAAAAACAUCAGGCUGUCUUAGUGAAAUUUGAUGAGACAUAUCCUUAUGGGAAAAAGCAAGAUAUUUUUAAGGAAGUGGCAAAAGCCAGUUUGAAGCAGCCAAAUCUACUUAUUGCUGAGGUUCAAGUUGCUGACUAUGGUGACAAAGAUAAUUCAGACCUGGCCGAAAGGUUUGGAAUAAAAAAGGAAGAUUUCCCUGCCUACAGAUUGUUCAUCAAGGGAAAUUCGAAAGACCAGAUCAAAUAUACAGGCAACUCUGAGGAUGAGGGUGCUAUCAAAACAUUCGUUAUGCGGGAGUCUGGUCUGUAUAUCGGUCGUCCUGGCUGUCUGGAGGAGUUUGACAGACUUGUCAAGGAGUUUUAUGGGGACGCCGACAAGAGAGACGCCGUUUUGAAGAAGGCUGAGGCGGCUGCGGAGAAGUUGAAUUCUGACGAGGAAAAGGCGUCUGCAGAUAUGUACAUAAAGACCAUGAGAAAGAUUAUAGAGAAGGGAGACAAUUUUGUCGAGUCUGAAGUCACUAGAGUGGAAAAACUCCGCUCUGGCAAAGUUAGUGAUAAAAAGAAAGAGCAGCUGGGCGAUCGGCUCAAUGUCCUUAGCACUUUCCAAAUACGUUUGAAGGAUGAACUUUGAGAUAUUUAUACUCAACUUGUUGCUUUUUUUUUUUCUUUUACAUAAUGUGUUUCUGGUCAUAUCCUUGGGUGAAUGAAGAUUUUUCAUCUUUGUGUGUCUGUGUGUUUUGGGGGUUUGUUUCAAACAGAAUAGCCAAGGAAAGAAUAUAUAUAUGCAAGGACAGCUGGUUUGAAUGAAUUCCAUAUAUCUUAUGAUGGUCCCCUUAUAUUCAAAGUAUUUUGAAUUACUCUUUGGAUGGUGGAUUUACAGGGAGGAUGACUUCUGAGCAACAGAUUAUUUUGACUGGUUGAAAAUGGCUCAAAGUCAGGGAUGUUAUUAACAAGGUAACUCUUAAAAAAACAAAUCUGCACAUAUCAUGUUGCAGAAUUUUGGGAAAUAAAUGACGUGUAAGAAAAUGUAAGGGCAAAUUGUAUUAUUUACUCUCAAAUAUGCUGUAAAAUGAGAAAUUGUUUAGAUCUACCUAUAAACACAUCGAUUUUUCAUUAGAAAUUUACAAGAAAGACAAUUUUCAAAUCGGUUUUUUUGUUGUUGAAAAAACAUGUCACUUCUAGCACAUUUUGA